AUGCAGAGACAAGCAGAAGAUGAUGGAGCCAAGCCUCAAGACACUUCGUCCAUCACCAGCCUUUUUAAGUCCUUUGACAUUGGUAGCUCUAGCUCAGAAGUUCAGCAACUACAACCUGCAAAAAUUUGCAAUACUUGUAUAUUCCUGGAAGAAAUCAAGAUGCUGAAUGAAAAAUUGUUGGACGUGUACCUAAGAACCAUGAACGAGACCACUAAUUUUGAAAUGAACGAAGAGAAAUUGUUUUUUUUUAUGAAGAGAGCUAUAGCCACUGGUAAAUUCCGAUGCAGCGACGCAAAUUUGGAAUGGUGCGACGAUGCCAUAGAUGUAAUUAAUAGAAUAAAUUAUUGUUCAAGUUUAAUUUCAUUUAUACUAUCGUUUAAGCCAAACAAUCAAUAG